AACAAACACGAAGCGCACAGAACUGAAAAACCAAGCGGGGCGUGAGCAAGCAAAAGUGACCAGUGAAAAUUAACCCAGUGAUAUUUUCCAAAGCGAAUUUUCUCGUGAAGUAUUAGUUUGUGCAUUAACUAAACAAGAUGCCUGAAGAAAACCAGAAUGGGGAUGUCGAAACCUUCGCCUUCCAGGCGGAAAUCGCGCAGUUGAUGAGCUUGAUCAUCAACACCUUCUACUCGAACAAGGAAAUUUUCCUGCGAGAGUUGAUCUCGAACUCGUCUGACGCCCUCGACAAGAUCCGUUACGAGUCACUUACGAAUCCCGCCAGGUUGGACUCGGGCAAAGAUCUCUACAUUAAGAUCAUUCCCAACAAGAACGAUGGUACUUUGACCAUUAUUGACACCGGGAUCGGGAUGACCAAAGCCGACUUGGUCAACAACCUGGGUACUAUUGCCAAAUCCGGGACCAAGGCCUUCAUGGAAGCUCUGCAAGCCGGCGCCGAUAUUAGCAUGAUCGGUCAAUUCGGUGUGGGUUUCUACUCGGCGUAUUUGGUAGCCGACAAGGUCACCGUCGUUUCCAAGAGCAACGAUGACGAACAGUACAUUUGGGAGUCAUCGGCUGGGGGAAGUUUCACCGUGAGGCUGGACCAUGGUGAGCCUUUGGGUAGAGGGACUAAGAUCGUCCUCCACGUCAAAGAGGACCAAACUGAGUUCCUGGAGGAGCACAAGAUUAAAGAAAUCGUCAAGAAACACUCGCAGUUCAUUGGAUACCCAAUCAAAUUGGUGGUGGAGAAGGAGCGCGAGAAGGAACUGAGCGACGAUGAAGCCGAAGAAGAAAAGAAAGAAGAAGAACCAGAAGCUGACAAAGAAAAAGAUAAGCCAAAGAUUGAAGAUGUAGGUGAGGAUGAAGAUGAAGAUACUAAGAAGGACGACAAGAAAAAGAAGAAGACUAUUAAGGAGAAGUACACCGAAGAUGAGGAAUUGAACAAGACUAAGCCAAUCUGGACGAGGAACGCUGAUGACAUCAGUCAGGAAGAGUAUGGAGAAUUCUACAAAUCGUUGACUAACGACUGGGAAGAUCAUUUAGCGGUCAAACACUUCAGCGUUGAAGGCCAACUUGAAUUUAGAGCGUUGUUAUUUGUACCCAGACGUGUACCCUUCGACUUAUUCGAAAAUAAGAAGCGCAAGAACAACAUCAAGUUGUAUGUGCGCAGGGUCUUCAUCAUGGACAACUGCGAAGAACUCAUUCCCGAAUAUUUGAACUUCAUUAAGGGCGUCGUCGACUCCGAAGAUCUACCCUUGAACAUCUCUCGUGAGAUGCUUCAACAAAACAAGAUCUUGAAAGUCAUCCGCAAGAACUUGGUCAAGAAAUGUAUGGAGUUGUUUGAGGAGUUGGCUGAAGACAAAGACGGUUACAAGAAAUUCUAUGAACAGUUCUCCAAGAACUUGAAAUUGGGUAUCCAUGAAGACUCUCAAAAUAGGGCUAAAUUGUCUGAAUUGUUACGUUAUCACACUUCCGCCAGCGGAGAUGAAGCUUGCUCUUUGAAAGACUACGUCAGCCGCAUGAAGGCCAACCAGAAACACAUCUACUUCAUCACCGGCGAAAGCAAAGAACAAGUAGCCAACUCUUCCUUCGUCGAACGUGUCAAGAAGCGCGGCUUCGAAGUCGUCUACAUGACCGAACCCAUCGACGAAUACGUAGUCCAACAGAUGAAAGAAUACGACGGCAAGACCCUCGUUUCUGUUACCAAAGAAGGUUUAGAACUUCCUGAAGACGAAGAAGAAAAGAAGAAGCGCGAAGAAGACAAAGCCAAAUUCGAAGGUCUCUGCAAAGUCAUGAAGAGCAUCUUAGACAACAAAGUCGAAAAAGUCGUCGUGUCUAACCGUCUAGUCGAAUCCCCAUGCUGUAUUGUCACUUCCCAGUACGGCUGGACCGCCAACAUGGAACGUAUCAUGAAAGCGCAGGCCCUUCGUGACACUUCCACCAUGGGUUACAUGGCUGCCAAGAAACACCUAGAAAUUAACCCAGACCAUUCCAUCGUCGAGAACCUGCGCCAGAAAGCCGAAGCCGACAAGAACGACAAAGCUGUCAAAGAUUUAGUCAUUCUUCUUUUCGAAACCGCUUUGUUGAGCUCUGGAUUCACCCUCGACGAACCUCAAGUACACGCUUCUAGAAUCUAUAGAAUGAUUAAAUUAGGUUUGGGAAUUGAUGAAGAGGAAGCGAUGAUCACCGAGGACGCACAAGGAGGCGACGCACCAGCUGCCGAUGCCGCCGAAACCGAAGACGCUUCCAGAAUGGAGGAAGUAGAUUAAUUUCUUGUUAAGUUAGGACAUGUGUUUUAGUAUGUUCUAAUGUUCAUUCCUAGCGUUUUUCUAAUUUUUGAUUAUUUUUGUAUGAAAGUAUUAUUUUCGGGCGUUUUUCCCGAAGCUGUACGUGUUCAAUACUGGUUUUUGUUUUUAUUCAAAUAAAUUAUUAACAUUAAA